CACUUCCGGUGGGCCAUUCUAGGCCUGGGAGGCCCUCUCUAUGCCUCCGAGACAUAGAAUGGACUUCCGGAAGUGGCAUCCAUGCACUUCCGGUGGACCAUUCUAGGCCUGGGAGGCCCUCUCCAUGCCUCCGCGGCCUAGAACAGACUUCCAGAAGCGGCAUCCACACAAAGAACCGGUUGUUCACAUAUUUGAAUCCCACCACUGAGGGUAACCACACCAUCUACAAAUUUCUUUCUGAUUUGAUGCGAAAGAAAUUCUACAGGAGUCCUUUAGUCCUUUAAAACUUCUGCUUCUCGGCCUUUUGGCUAAGAUCGAGUGUAGUAAAACUUCUUCUUUUUCUCCUCAGCUGAAGAACAAAUUCAUGAAGAAGUUACCACGAGAUGCUGAGGCCUCCAAUGUUUUGGUUGGAGAAGUUGACUUCUUGGAAAACCCUUUUAUUGCCUUCGUGCGGUUACAGCAAGCAGUCAUGCUUGGUGCUCUGACCGAAGUCCCCGUACCAACUCGGUUCCUGUUCAUUUUGCUGGGUCCAAAAGGCAAAGCAAAAUCCUACCACGAAAUCGGCCGAGCCAUUGCCACGUUGAUGUCGGAUGAGGUAUUUCAUGACAUAGCCUACAAAGCCAAAGACAGGCAGGACCUGAUCGCUGGGAUUGAUGAAUUUCUGGAUGAAGUAAUUGUGCUUCCUCCUGGAGAGUGGGAUCCCGCCAUAAGGAUAGAGCCCCCCAAAUCUCUUCCAUCUUCUGACAAAAGGAAAAUCUUGUACGCAGGCGGUGAGAAUAUCCAGAUGAAUGGAGACACCCCUCAUGAGGGAGAAAAUGGAGGAGGGGGACACGGGGACUGUGAAGAAUUGCAGCGAACUGGCAGAUUUUUUGGGGGUUUAAUCAAAGACAUCAAGAGGAAAGCUCCUUUCUUUGCCAGCGAUUUCUACGAUGCCUUCAACAUCCAAGCCCUGUCUGCCAUUCUCUUCAUCUACCUGGCAACGGUAACCAACGCCAUCACUUUCGGAGGCCUGCUGGGAGAUGCCACAGAAAACAUGCAGGGUGUGUUGGAAAGCUUUCUGGGCACAGCCGUUACAGGAGCCGUUUUCUGUUUAUUCGCUGGCCAGCCACUUACUAUUCUGAGCAGCACUGGGCCCGUGUUGGUCUUUGAGCGACUUUUAUUUAACUUUAGCAAAGACAACAACUUUGAUUAUCUCGAGUUCCGUCUCUGGAUUGGCUUGUGGUCAGCCUUCCUGUGUCUGAUCUUGGUUGCUACCGAUGCUAGCUUUUUAGUUCAGUACUUCACCCGGUUCACAGAAGAAGGCUUCUCCUCUCUGAUUAGCUUCAUCUUCAUCUACGAUGCCUUCAAGAAGAUGAUCAAACUAGCCGAUUAUUACCCCAUCAAUUCCCACUUCAAAGUGAACGAUAUUACGCUGUAUUCCUGUACCUGCGCACCACCAGAUCCAGUGAAUAGCUCGUUAAUCAAUGAGACAGUCACGUCAUCGCCAGCUUGGCUUAUGGAACCGCACAAUGGAACAAUCGAAUGGUCAUCCCUCACCAAGGAGCAAUGUAUGAAAUUUGGAGGAAUGCUGGUGGGGAACAAUUGCAAAUACGUCCCUGACAUCACCCUCAUGUCUUGCAUUCUCUUUUUGGGAACCUACACCUGCUCCAUGGCUUUGAAGAAAUUCAAGACCAGCCGUUAUUUCCCAACCAUUGCAAGGAAAUUGAUCAGUGAUUUUGCCAUCAUCAUUUCUAUUUUCAUUUUCUGUGGAAUCGAUGCUCUGGUUGGUGUAGACACCCCAAAACUCCUUGUGCCAAGUGAAUUCAAGCCAACAAACCCAAAUAGAGGCUGGUUUAUCGCACCGUUCGGAGGAAACCCGUGGUGGGUGUAUCUGGCCGCAGCUAUUCCUGCUCUCCUGGUGACCAUCCUCAUCUUCAUGGACCAGCAAAUCACAGCUGUUAUUGUCAACCGUAAAGAGCACAAACUAAAGGUGGGUGCCUCGUUAGGCAAGCUUUGAACGGGGAUGAACCAAAUUGUUUUAAAGAGUAAAUUGGGGUAGAUCUCGCUAGGAGAUUGGGGCAGUUAACUGUGCUGAGGACAAUGGUGAUAAGUUCCAAUGAGGUCUCCUUGGAAGCAGUUCAUUGCUUAAAAUAAUGCGUCGAGGGAUGCAUUAUUAAGUGGUCAUCCUUGGUUGUAUAAACAGAGGCAUGGAAUCAA